AUGCGUGGUGUGUUCUUGACGAAGUCCGUCUGGCACGUCGUGAACCGCGAGGUGACGCCAAUUCCUACCGACCCGCGAGCGUCCGACGAUUACGUCGAGACGAGCAACAUCGCGUUCGGGCUGAUGUUGCUCCACUUGGGUGCGGACUACACCGUGUGCCUGACAAAUGCGAGGAAGCAUGGGUCGCGUGGUCACGCCUGA